GCUACGAGGUCGAGGAAUGGAAGGUGGGUAUCAUCGAAACUUCCCCAGAGCUUGAUGCGGUCCCUCUGGAUCGCUUGCCUCGCUUUGCGGUGGAUGGAUGCUAAUCUCGCUGCAGACCAAGUACAAACAGGCCAAGACAGAAGCGAGCUCGGUGCAGAACACCCUGCAGAAGGAGAUCACCAAUCUACGGGAAACGAACAGGGCACUGCAGUUGAGGCUGCGGGAUAUGGAAGUGGCCAACGAUGAUUUCGAACGCCAGGCGCGACACACCACGUCGUCGCUAGAGGAUCUGGAAUCCAAAUACAACAUGGCGAUCGAACGCGGAGUCCUGCUGGAGGAAGAGAUCAAGAACGGAGAGCAAGAACGAGAGUCUCUGCGGAUAGAGACUCAGCGUCUUCGUGAUGAACUGUCUGAUCUCAAGAUCGAAGCUGACAUCGUCCAAGACAAGCUUCGCAAGGCUGAGUCGAACACUCAGAGACGUCGCAGGCCAGCGCCUCUGGACUCGAGCCAUGGAGCCCCCAAGACUCCCGAUGUGUCCGAACACUCUCCCGUCACGACAGCCUCUUCCCCUACGAUGGCAACGCCUCCAGCCAAGUCAGCGUCGUCCGUCACAUCGGAUGCCGUCACUCCGCCUUCCCCCACGAUAUCGGAGUCAUCCACCAGCCUGCGCAAGCCCGGCGCACCGACCAGUCUCAGAAAGCCCAGUAUAUCUGUGACGGAAUCGAACAGGGGUGGCCGUCCGGUCAGGAGCCGGCACACACGAGCCCCUUCGAUUCCGCUCAGCAAUGGCCGGUCGACGCCGUCAGUCACGUCGCGCUCCAGCGUCUCUCGAUUCAGUGCUUCCCAGUCGGCGGGACUUCCCCGAUCGGGUUCUCUAUACCAGAUUCGUGGCCUCAUCGGGAAGAUGCAGAAGUUGGAGGAACGAGUGCAAUCUGCCCGAUCGAGACUCCCCGCCCCUGUGGAUACGCCUAGCAGGACCUCUCCCCGUGGCUCCGUGUCAGGACAGAGUCCUAUUCCUUCUAACAUCACGGUGCGCAAGUCUUCGAGGAAGCGCACAAGUGGCAGCAGCUUCAGUUCUUCUGUCCACGGCGACGGCACCCCGUAUAUCCCACCGAGCCGACAGUCGGUCGGCACACGCACCCAAGGAGACAGUCGGCCCAGCAGUCGGACCAGCUUCUCCAGCCGCAGCUCGAUCGGCCAUACGUACUCGAGCGGCAUCCCAGCGCCACGACCCGAUAGCCGGCAGAGUUUCAAUGGUGCAGCCAGCUUCAAUGGCGCCGCCACUGCCAGGACGCCGAUCGGGCACUACUCCACUAACCCAACGACCGAGAGCCGUCGGCCCCGGUCUUCUCUCAGCAACUACACAGGUACUACGGCGCACAGCCACAAUAUUAGCAUGACGAACAUCGAUGAAGAUGGAGAUACCAGCAUCAGCGACAUCACCACCCCUACCUUCCGCAGAAGCACCUUUACGGAGGAUACCAGGGGCAGGACAUCCAUCCCCAUGUCGGGGCUGAAGAAACGACCCAGCGGGGGGAUCUCAGCCAUACCGACACCGCGGAAGAUCAGCUCAGGCAUGGUUCGCCGAGGGAGCGAUAUGGCACCCCGAGAGCACCACAAACAGAGCCUGGGUGAUCUGGGUGAGACGUAUUAGAUCGUUGAUUAUCCUUUCAUUCUUCUUGACAAUGAAUUUUACGGUCCUUUUUAUACUUUUUUUUUUUUUUU